CCAUCCCAUGAUGGGAACAGAGAGAAACUGUGUAAUCUGGGUCAGAAAUAGUUUUGCCCUCAAGUUUAACGGAACCAAGAUAGGACAAACCUGCGCUGUUCAGGAUGCAAGGCAAUAAAUCCAUAACGAUUUCUGUUUCAGACAGAUGUUUCUUGACAUACACGCAGACCCCCGCUUCCUUAGCAAACUUUUUAUUAAUGACUUCCCAUGGUGGAAGUGGUGAGUGUGAUAUGACAUUGUUUCCUGUCAUACUUGAAAUAAUCGCAGAUGCUCGUUACAAAACCGGUUAAGAUCACACACACAGUUCCCACAUCACUACACAGAGACUAAACAUUCACUGCACUGAAGAGUUUAGAGGAGCGCUGUCAGCGGAUCCUGCAGGAGAUGGAGGGCUCUCUGACGGCCCGGGACCGGGUGGGGAUUCAGGACUUUGUCCUUCUAGACGCCUACACCAGUGAAACGGCAUUCAUGGACAACCUCAAAAAACGGUUCAAUGAGAACCUCAUAUAUACCUACAUUGGGACCCUUCUGGUGUCAGUUAAUCCAUAUAAAGAGUUGGGUAUCUACACCAAGAAACAAAUGGACAUUUACAUGGGAGUCAACUUUUUUGAGCUGCCGCCUCAUAUCUUUGCACUUGCUGACAAUGUUUAUCGGACAAUGAUCAGUGAAACCAGCAACCACUUCAUCCUCAUCUCUGGUGAAAGUGGUGCAGGCAAGACGGAGGCCUCUAAGAAGGUCCUGCAGUUUUAUGCUGUGAGCUGCCCGAGCACCAGACUCCUGGACAACGUCAGAGAUCGCCUCCUUCUCUCCAACCCCGUCCUGGAGGCCUUUGGAAAUGCCAAAACCCUGAAAAAUGACAACUCGAGUCGAUUUGGAAAGUAUAUGGACAUACAAUUCGACCACCAGGGAGCAGCAGUUGGAGGCCACAUCUUAAGUUAUUUAUUGGAGAAGUCAAGGGUUGUUCACCAAAAUCAUGGAGAAAGGAACUUCCAUAUUUUCUAUCAGUUAGUUGAAGGAGGAGAGGAUGAGCUUCUUCGCUGGCUUGGUUUGGAGCGAAACUGUCAGAGCUACCGCUAUCUUAUUCAGGGAGAAUGUGCCAAAGUGAGCUCCAUUAAUGACAAGAGUGACUGGAAAACUGUACAGAAAGCACUUACUAUCAUUGAGUUUAGUGAAAAAGACAUUGAGCAUCUGUUUGCGAUCAUUGCCAGUGUUCUUCAUCUUGGCAAUGUUCACUUUGAGGCCACUUUUCAGGGUUAUGCCAGACUGAACAGCAGUGGGGAAAUACACUGGCUGUCUAAAUUAUUAGGCAUCCCCUCAGACAUGUUGCAGGAGGGUUUAACUCACAGGAAGAUUGAAGCCAAAGCUGAAGAGGUUUUAAGCCCUUUCACUGCUGAACAUGCAAAGUAUGCCCGGGACGCACUAGCCAAAGCCAUCUACGGCCGCACAUUCUCAUGGCUUGUAAAUAAGAUAAACGAAUCCUUGGCAAAUAAGGAUUCAACCAGAAAGACAGUGAUAGGACUGCUGGACAUUUAUGGAUUUGAAGUGUUUGAUGUGAACAGUUUUGAACAGUUCUGCAUAAACUUCUGCAAUGAAAAGCUUCAGCAACUUUUCAUCCAGCUCACUCUCAAAUCAGAGCAGGAGGAGUACGAGAUGGAGGGAAUCGAGUGGGAACCCGUGCCAUAUUUCAACAAUAAGAUCAUCUGUGACCUGGUGGAGGAAAAACACAGAGGCAUCAUAUCAGUACUGGAUGAAGAAUGUCUGCGUCCUGGAGAAGCCACAGAUUUUACAUUCCUGGAGAAGCUAGAGGGAAAGAUGAGUGGCCAUCCUCAUUUUGUCACGCACAAAUUGGCUGACCAGAAAACACGCAAGACCCUGGAACGAGGAGACUUCAGACUUCUACACUAUGCUGGAGAGGUUACUUACUCGGUUGUUGGAUUUCUGGACAAAAAUAAUGAUCUUCUGUACAGAAACAUUAAAGAGGUCAUGCGACAGUCUAAGAACAGCAUUAUCCAGCAUUGCUUCCACACUAUUGAGCCUGAUGGCAAGAAAAGACCCGAGACG